CCAUAUUCGGCUUGACCGACAAGCAAACACAGGCAAGUAUCAGCCUUGAAAACUACACACUACAAAUGACGACACAACUAAUCUACACCUGCAUGCCUGAAGCACUCGAACGGACAAGUGAGCAUGUACGGUUAAGCGCCACGCCAAGUAAGGCAUCAACAUCGUCCCGAGAUGGCAGAAUCCACGCAUGGCCAUCCUCCUGCCUCCUCACAAAUGCCUUCUCUCCCCGCCCCCCACCCCCUCGCAGCCACACUGACUUGAUCUCCAUCGACCGCAUAUCGGGAUCGCUGAAGAGGUCGGCCGCGCCCGGCAGCGGGUUGCCGACUAGAGGCGGCCAUACCUCAGUUUCCAUCCACUGCUGCCGGCGAUCUUUAUAGUCGAUGAAGGGCUCGUCCUUUCCUGGCGGUAAGGCGUCGCCGCGGACACACUUGUAGCCCCACACAUCGCUCAGCUUGCCAUCGUUCUCCACCACGAAGACAAGAAAGUCAUAUUUGUCCUCGAAGGCUGCAUCAGGCUCAGGCUGAUAGAAGAAGACAGUUCGAGGAUCCCAUAUGGAUCCUUCAGAGGGAGAUUCGCUCCUAUCGACAAACGCCUUGACGACAUCUUCAGUGCUUCUCCACUCCGAGCUGAAGUACCCGCCAAAUUUGCAGCCCAUCUGCUGUUUGUCGUAUUUCACCGGUAUCACGAGAGAACGGGGAAGAACGUUGCCGACCUGCGGUGGGACCUCGUCAGCAUCGCGGGGGCCAUGGUGGGUCAGCCUCUCUAUUUCGCCUUGCAGCAAUCGUAGGAGCACCGCCGCUGCACACGGUCCGACCCACUGGCGUCCCUCCUCAGCAUGAUUGAGCAUCCGCAGGCUGCUGGCAACAGCAUUCAGCCCCUCACAAAACGACUCGCCAGCUUCCUCCUUCAAAGCGUCCCAUUGCGCCAGCCUCGUGCACAUACCGGCCAGAUAGCAAGGAGGCACUAAGUAUGUUCUCUGCCGCGUCAGUCGUCCUGGCCGUUUAUAUGAGGUCCUUUCUUCGUCAAACACAUUCAAGAGUGCCGUCCAGUUGCCGAUGUCAGGAACUGACCAGCCGAAGGUCGCUUCUCCUUCCAUAGCCGUAGCCAGAAAAUCGCAUAAUACCUCAAUCGCUCCAAAUAUAAUCGAUGGAUUGACACGAGAGACGUUGCCGACUUUGGCCUCCAGAGAGCCACCGUGCUGACGCAUUUCCCACACUAGUCCAGGAGAUCGCCCGGCCCAGCAAAUCGUUCCACGAGUCACAUUGCUGUCCAGAAGGUGCUCCAGAUCCUUUUCCUCGAUCAAAGGCAGCUCUGGCCGAAGCAGGUCACGCCACUUCCGGAACAUUGGAUCGAGGAAGGAAAGAAAAUCGCCGCUGACAGUGGUCGCAUUGUUGCGCUCAGUAAAGACGAAGUGCCGGUCACGACGAUUAAGGAAAUUGCACUUGAGGUAUUCACCCACUUCGCCCUCGGCUUUACAGCGCUCGCCGCCCUCCAGAGUCGCAAAGCGGUGAAGAUCGUCGAUAAGCAGCAGACACGAACGAUAGCCAAGCCACUCACGCGCGGUGCGUUUGCUGAUGGAUGCGUGCCUGAGCCACAUCGUAAAGUUCAGCUUGUCGACGUCCACAUUGGCUGCCCGUGCGACCCUUGCUCGCGCCUCGUCGGUCGCCGCCGCCCACGCCAGCCGCAGAUUGAGUGAGUCGAACAACGGCGUAGAGGCGCCUUCGGUGUCUAAGUGAUACUCGGUCUCGUCACCAAAAGAGAUGAAGAUGGCGGGGAUGCCCUCAUGCCGCAGCUUCUUGGACAGCUCUUUCAGCAUCCUGGUCUUGCCAGCCCCUUGGAAGCCGACAAAUGACAUUGGCAUCACUCGCGAGCUCGACGAGUCCAUCCUCCCGUACUCGCGCAGCAGCAGCGAAUAGGCCUUCUCGACAUAGUCGCUCCCAAUGAACACCUCAGGCUCUGUCGUCAAGUCCACUCGAGGGAGCGGCACGUCAGCAGUGGGCAACAGAUCAUCCACUGUCAGCUCCACGCGACCUGCAGACGAAAGUGACACACCAGACAAGAUGAAUCUGCUGCCUGGUCGUCAAUGGGGAGAUGAACGUGUCACGAACCGUCUGCUUCUUGUGGCCUUUUGUGUGCCUGCUGGUCUUGUGUCUCGAACUCCUGUGGCCUCUUCAUGGCUGUCACGGGAUGUGCUUCCGCGAUGAAUCAAACCGCGCGGCGAGAUGAAAAGCGAUGAACCUGC